GUUCCUUGCCGCCACCCUCAUCCUGUCUGCGCACACUUUCUACGCUACCUGCUCUUCGUGACACGCAAAUAUGUUCAGGACAAUCGCUGCAAAGGUACCACUCCGCCGCUGUCUACACACAGCGCCACGUUCAACGGCAGCCUCACGUCCUAGCCGCGCCGGUGCCGUUGUCGCAGGGUCGGCGGUGGUCGCGACAUAUCUUGCUUGGAGAACAUUGCAAGGGGAUAAGAUUGCGCUGGACUCAGUGGCUACUUCUUCGAAACAUGCCUCCGCAGGAGCUAAGGUUGCAGAUGCACCCGACGCCGUGGCAGGCGCACGUCAGGCAGACCCAGAGGAAGCCUCGCUAGAAGAGUCUCUGACUGACCCAACGGACAUGCGCGAGCACGCCGAAGAAGAGUCCGAGAGCGGCGGCGGCGCGUACAACCCCGUUACUGGAGAAAUCAACUGGGACUGUCCUUGUCUCGGUGGAAUGGCACACGGCCCUUGCGGUUUGCAGUUCCGCGAGGCUUUCUCGUGCUUCGUCUUCUCCGAGAAGGAGCCCAAGGGUAUCGACUGUGUGGAAAAAUUCAAGGCUAUGCAGGACUGCUUCAGGGAGCAUCCGGAGCACUACGGUGAAGACAUCAUGAAUGACGAUGACGAGGAGGAGGAUGUCGCACCUCCUGCUGGCGACUCCCCCGUCGGUGGCCACACCUCCGAGGCGACCGCUCAGACACUGUCCGAGUCUCAGGCGGAGCAGCCCGCGUCGAAGCCGUCAGCGUCUGCUGCAUAGUUUUAACCCUCAAAAGUACUAGACACGCUCACGCUAUGUUUAUUGUAAUCUGUGGCAUCCCCGCUCUGCUCGCAUCAUCUCGUCAUGCCUGGUUCGACGUGCCAUCUAGAGCGUCAGACUGCUGAAGCUUUCCGUACAUGUGCGUUCGAGCAAUGUGCUGUCGGCGACUGCACGCUACUAUACAUCACCACCAAAGCAUAUUUUGUCGGCGAAUCGAGGGUUGCGUAACAAGUAAGGCGUGUUGUAGCAAGUCACGCAGUUC